GGUCUGGCCUUUUGAAUUCUAUGAGACCCUUGUGGGAAUUAUUGUCAUGAGUUCAUGAUCUGUUUGUGAAAGUUGGUUGAAUGCCUUCUUAUUCUUUUAUGUGGUUGGUAUGAUUUAGAAUAGAUAUGUAUGUUUGCCUUCAUCAAUGCACUCUUGCUUGUUUCUUUUAUGGUUUGUAAUCUCUGAAUUCUCUUUUUUUUAUUAUUUUGGGUCUUGUUUCAUGAGAUAAUUCUUAAUACAAAUGAGGACUUCAUUUUAUGCAUGACCAAACUGUUCCUUACUUUACCGAUCUCUUGCCCAUUUUUUAUAUUAUCAUAUUGAUUCGAUUGUUUGCGUCCGUUUUGUGAUUUUGCCUUCCUGUAUAGUAUCUUUUGGAAGUGCAAUUGACAGUUUUGCAACGAUUUGGUGGUAAACCAGAUGAAAUCCUGAUCACUUAUUAAAAUUGUGCACCUUCUUGAAAUUUUGUCUUUCUCUUUAGAUUCCAAUUUUGAGCUUUCAUCUAUCUGCCUAUAUUUCGAUCAGUUUAUUUGAUUCCUUCAUGCCAAAACAAUCCAUUGAUAUUUUCAUUUUAGUACCCCUUCAACCACAUUUCUUCAGGACAAGGUUUUCCAUAACACAACAAAAAUGGUGAAGAUCUGUUGCAUUGGAGCUGGAUAUGUUGGGGGUCCUACCAUGGCAGUUAUUGCCCUCAAAUGCCCCUCAAUUGAAGUGGCUGUUGUUGACAUAUCAAUUUCUCGGAUCACAGCUUGGAACAGUGACCAGCUCCCCAUUUAUGAACCAGGUCUUGAAGAAGUGGUGAAGCAGUGCAGAGGAAGGAACCUGUUUUUUAGCACCAAUGUGGAAAAACACAUCUCUGAGGCAGACAUAAUCUUUGUUUCUGUCAACACCCCAACAAAAACUCGGGGCCUUGGAGCUGGGAAAGCUGCAGAUUUGACAUACUGGGAGAGUGCAGCCCGAAUGAUUGCUGAUGUGUCAAAAUCCAACAAGAUUGUUGUUGAAAAAUCAACAGUUCCAGUAAAAACAGCUGAAGCGAUUGAAAAAAUUUUGUCCCAUAAUAGCAAGGGCAUCAGCUAUCAAAUUCUCUCGAACCCAGAAUUCCUUGCUGAGGGUACUGCUAUUCAGGACCUGCUUAACCCAGAUCGGGUUCUCAUUGGAGGCAGGGAAACACCUGGUGGCCAGAAGGCUAUAAAAGCAUUGAAAGAUGUUUAUGCUCAUUGGGUGCCUGAAGACAGAAUUAUUUCAACCAAUCUCUGGUCAGCAGAGCUCUCAAAGUUAGCUGCCAACGCCUUCUUGGCUCAGAGGAUUUCAUCUGUUAAUGCCAUGUCAGCUCUCUGCGAGGCAACUGGUGCUGAUGUUUCUGAGGUUUCCCAUGCUAUUGGUAAGGAUUCAAGAAUCGGGCCUAAGUUUCUCAAUGCCAGUGUUGGUUUUGGUGGAUCUUGUUUUCAGAAGGACAUCCUGAACUUGAUCUAUAUUUGUGAGUGCAAUGGCCUCCCUGAGGUUGCAAACUACUGGAAACAAGUCAUUAAGGUGAAUGACUACCAAAAGAACAGAUUCGUGAACCGGGUUGUCGCCUCUAUGUUUAACACCGUCUCAGGUAAGAAGAUUGCCAUACUUGGUUUUGCUUUCAAGAAGGAUACAGGUGACACAAGAGAAACUCCUGCAAUAGACGUUUGCAAGGGACUGUUGGGGGAUAAGGCAAGUUUGAGCAUAUAUGAUCCACAGGUCACAGGAGAUCAGAUCCAGAGGGAAAUCUCAAUGAACAAGUUUGAUUGGGACCAUCCAGUUCACCUCCAGCCAAUGAGCCCCACCUCGGUGAAGCAGGUAAACGUAGUCUGGGACCCUUAUGAGGCAACAAGGGAUGCCCAUGGGAUCUGCAUUCUUACUGAGUGGGAUGAAUUCAAGACUCUUGACUACCAGAGGAUCUUCAAUAACAUGCAGAAGCCUGCCUUUGUGUUUGAUGGUCGCAACAUUGUGAACAUUGAGAAGCUGAGGGAGAUUGGAUUUAUCGUGUACUCAAUUGGAAAGCCAUUAGAUCCAUGGCUCAAGGACAUGCCUGCUAUCGCAUAAGACAAAGAGUUUCUUCUCCUGGAGCCAAAACCCAAAACCAAUGCUGUUUUUCAUUCUUUGAAAUUUUUUUUUCCCUGCUUUUGGUGGCUUAUUUUGGACAGUAAUCAGCUUGGCCUCAGAAUUAUGAUAAACUGUAGUUUCAGUUACCUUCCCUUCAGUAAAAGCCUCAUAUGUGAUGUUGGCUGUUUUAAUUUGCUGUAAAACAAUAAUUGAGAAAGGUUUUUGAAAGUUUAUUCUUGUCUUCUUU